AUGAAGUUCGGCAACCUAUUCACCAUUACAACAAGCGCAGCCUUGCUGCUGCAAAUUGGCACCUUUGUUGAUGCUAAUCCCAUGUUUGCUCAACCCCUUGCUCAACACAAUGACGAUGCUUCAACUCAAGAUGCCUGCUCAGAUAUGCGUAUCACUUUUCCCGCCAAUCAACCAGGACAAGAUCCCAUCGUCUUUGAAAACAACACCAAACACGUCAUUUCCUGGCAUAUGAUCGAGAAUGCUUUCGACGAGGUGAAUAUCACGCUUGUUAACAAGAAUGACAACAACAACGUUGUUCAUAUUGGCGAGUUUGAUGCGAAUCGCGGUGCCACGAAUGAAACCAAUUUUGCUGUGGAUCAACCUGGUAUCUAUCAGGUCAACAUUGACACCAUUGGUGGAUCCUCUCCUUGUCAAAUCAAGUCCAGCGAGUUUGAGAUCAAGGCAUCAUCAUCAUCCUCUUCACAUGACGAUCAUAUCAAUCAAGAUGACACCGAUCGCGCCAUCAAGGCUAUCAAAUCCUCUGCCACUCAAUCACAUGCCAAUGAUCAAAAGGAUCAGGAUUGGGAAGAAGCUCUUGACGAGAUUGAUGGCUAUAUCAAAAAGAACCACAACGAUGAUGCGAAUGUUGACGCCAAAGACGACGACGACGCCAAGGAUGAUGAUGAUCUUCCCGACUUUGAGUCUUUUAUCGAGGGUUUGAACAUGGAUCAUACGAAAUACCUCGACAACAACAAGGCUACCGUGGAUGAAGUUAUCACUCACAAGAACUCGGCUGAUGAGAUUGAGUCCGCUGUCGAUGACACGCCACACCAAAAUGCUGAUCAAUACUUUACCAACAAAGACAACCGUACCCAUGCCAACAAGCAUUUGAACGAGGAGUUGGAUAAAUUGCUCGGUGACAAAAAGUCUUCAGCAGCAGCAGCAGCAGCAUCUCAUGACAAUAGCGACCAUUCAACCCACGACAAUGCACCAGUGAUUGAUAAGCAUUUGAAUGAUGAAUUGGACAAGCUUGCAAAGCACAAUGAUGCACCCAUGUUUUCCGAAGGUUCUGGUUCUGUAAAGACCCAAUCGAUGGCUACAUCUUCCACUACAGCAAUCAACAGCGAUGAAUGGUCCGUUGAAGAACUCCCUGCUCCUGCUCAUGAAUGGUUCGAUGAAAGCGACAAUGUACCCAAUCAUUCGAAUGAAGGCGUGUGGACCUCUCAAGAUAUCGAUCCAUCGGCUAUGGCAAACAUGCAUGAUGAUCGUUCUGAUUGGGGCAAUACACCACCCACCUACAGUGAACCCUUCGACCACUCUGAUAUGGGCCAUUGGAAUGAAGAAGAAGUGGAUGUUGUGCCUGAACCUGAUACCAAAGCAUACACGCAUUCGGAUGCAGUUACUGGUACAUGGGUGGAAGGUGAUGGCGCCGAAUCUUUCAGUGUGCCCGAUCACUCGAAUGUUGGUGAAUGGAAAGCUGAAGAGAUCAAUGCCGAUUCUGAAUCAUGGCAACAAGUAUCCGAUAUCCAUGACGACGUGGUUGAAGAUGGAUGGCAAGUUACAACAAGUGAUCAUGCCGACCUCGCAGGCUCUGGAUGGACCGAACACGUUGAUGAAGAACCUAGUGAACAUGCCGACCUUGCAGGCUCUGGAUGGACCGAACAUGUUGACGAAGUACCCAGUAACCAUGCCAACCUUGCGGGCUCUGGAUGGACCGAACACGUUGAUGAAGAACCUAAGGAGCAUGCCGACCUUGCAGGAUCUGGAUGGACCGAGCAUGUUGAUGAACAACUUAAUGAGCAUGCUGAUGUUGCUAAAUCUGGAUGGGUUGAUGAGGCUUUCAAUGAGCACUCGGAUAAGGCACAAUCUGGCUGGACUGAGUAG